GCUGACAACCCUGCCAACAACGUGUACCAGUCAAUCGACGAAGAUGACAUCAUGAACCAAGGAAAAGCUGGUAUAGACAGAGAGAAUGGACAACAGCCAACUGAUGAAGAGAAAGACACCAGACUACCACACAAGAUGCAGAGGGGCCCCUCUGACAUGCAAAACAACCCGACAUACGCGUCUGCUGCACAAGACGAAGGCAAAGAUUCGCCAAUGGUCACAAGUUGCUGCAUGGCCUUUCUCCGUUCCCGUUUGCUCCGUGGCGUCAUCGUCGCUGUAGCAGGUUUUGCCGUGGUCGCUAUUGGCUUUCUUACCGUUGCAUAUCUCACUCUCAUACCGGAGACAGAGAACGAUGCAGAACCUAGUCUUCACCUGACCAGCAAAACUUCUCCAUCUGACCCACCUGCAUGGAUGUGGACCACCAGUAUUACGGCACCUUAUUCUCUGACAAAUGUAACAGCCACACUGCCUGAGGACACAACUACACCCCAAGAAGUGACAAAUUCUCCAGGUGUACCGACUACAACUCCCAAGAUUGCAUCAGCAGCUGCAGACGCCGGUGAACGUGACACAUCAACCAGCUUUUCUUCAGCUGCAACCAGCUUGAGGACAUCGGAGAAUGCACUUGAGACUGAAAAGCAAGCUAAGUUAGCGACCAAGGAAGAAACCGCCUUUGCCUGCUGGAAGGCGUCCUUGCACCUAUCAUGCCCAUCUGGAAAGACCCUCACAAUAGAUUACGCCAACUGGGGCCGAACCACGUCCACACAUUUCUGCACCUGCUUCACUUGUGACAUCAACUGUCGCGCAGCCAACAGCCUGUCCAUCAUGAGGGGCGUGUGUGAGGGUGAACAGCAGUGCACCGUGACAGCAAGUGAUCAUGUGUUUGGUGACCCGUGUCCCGGUACCCAGAAAUACUUGGAGACAACAUACCGCUGUGUUUCAGUGACUCCUGUGACAGAUGACGAACUAGGGGUACUAGUGACCAAGUACGCACCGAAAGUUUGGCUGGCAAAGAAUGAGAAGUACAACCCUUCCAGUGUCGAUUUUCACCUACAGAACGUCAAGGUGUACGAUGGUGGUAAAUCCUAUUUCAGCACACCUUCGACCCUUCCCACCUGUUCUGAGACCUGUUACAUGAGUACUGCUCAGCCCCUGCGUUAUCCCGAUUCCCAACUGCGUUUCUUCGGUGGAGAGCAGGUCGGGCCCACCUAUCAGCCUCCUGUCUAUGCCGUUGUGAAGAGGAUCGAUCCGACCACUACAGACAUCUUCUACUGGAUGUUCUACUCCUACAACGGACCGAAGAAAGUUUGUAUGGGUUUCAGGUUCUUUGGUAAAUGCGCCGGCGGCUUAAAGAGUUUUUCGCACCACGUGGGCGACUGGGAACACAUGACCAUUCGUCUGGUGGGAAAACAGCCAAGGAGCAUCUAUGUUUAUUCUGCUCACAAAUCUGGAGGUAUAUACGACUGGGAUCCUGCAUCGCAGACUUACAGGAGGGGCAAAGAUACCGUACAGACUGAAGGGACACAUCCCGUUCUAUAUGCAGCCCAUGGUAGUCACAAGCUGUGGUCCACCCCAGGUACUCACACAUACAGGACGAUUAUCAUCAACGAGAAUCUGAGUGACAAGACCAGUGCGGGUACGGCAUGGGACACGUGGAAGAACGUGCCCUUCACCAUGUACCGUCCUGAUGGAGGCUACACCGGGUCCUGGUCAUGGCUCAACUACCAGGGACGGUGGGGGAACAGGAAGGUAAGUAACGUGCCCUUCACCAUGUACCGUCCUGAUGGAGGCUACACCGGGUCCUGGUCAUGGCUCAACUACCAGGGACGGUGGGGGAACAGGAAGGUAAGUAACGUGCCCUUCACCAUGUACCGUCCUGAUGGAGGCUACACCGGAUCCUGGUCAUGGCUCAACUACCAGGGACGGUGGGGGAACAGGAAGGUAAGUAACGUGCCCUUCACCAUGUACCGUCCUGAUGGAGGCUACACCGGAUCCUGGUCAUGGCUCAACUACCAGGGACGGUGGGGGAACAGGAAGGUAAGUAACGUGCCCUUCACCAUGUACCGUCCUGACGGAGGCUACACCGGGUCCUGGUCAUGGCUCAACUACCAGGGACGGUGGGGGAACAGGAAGGUAAGUAACGUGCCCUUCACCAUGUACCGUCCUGAUGGAGGCUACACCGGGUCCUGGUCAUGGCUCAACUACCAGGGACGGUGGGGGAACAGGAAGGUAAGUAACGUGCCCUUCACCAUGUACCGUCCUGAUGGAGGCUACACCGGGUCCUGGUCAUGGCUCAACUACCAGGGACGGUGGGGGAACAGGAAGGUAAGUAACGUGCCCUUCACCAUGUACCGUCCUGAUGGAGGCUACACCGGGUCCUGGUCAUGGCUCAACUACCAGGGACGGUGGGGAAACAGGAAGCUUCCAAAGUGA